UGAAACAAACGAAUCGUGUAACUCGAAAUAAAAUUUAGCAAAUUCACAUUUAAUAUUUUUUUCUUGAUUUAAUUUAUUUGACGUUCUGAGGAAGAAAAAUUACAAUUAUUUGCAACAAAGAAUUAAUUAUUGUUCAAUUACUUAGUAAACGUGUUAUUAUUGUGAAAGUUAUUUUAACGCGUUCUUUUAAAUUUUUCGUUAGCAAAAUGUCACAAGCAAGAUUAGCGCCGUGCCUUCAGUUGCCUUUAGAAAACAAAACGUUAGUGAACGUGAUUGAGAAAGCCAAGGACUGGGCCCUCAUGCAUGGUGUUGGUAUGAGGGAUAAGAAGCAUUUCAACAAAGACGUAAUUCAGAUUGCACCAUUUAUACUGUUACCGUCACCUUUUCCAAAGACCGAAUUUAUGAAGGCGGUUGAACUACAGCCAGUUUUGAAUGAACUCAUGCAUAAGGUCGCCCACGAUGAUGAAUUCUUGGAGCAAACUUUGCAGAAUGCUCUACAAGUAGAUGAGUUCACAGCUAAUUUGUAUGACAUAUGGUUGAAAGUGAAAAACGAGGGCAUAUCUCAACCGAUAUCGCUAGGUAUGCUGCGUUCAGACAUCAUGCUGGAGUCAAGAUGUCCACACACAGAGAACCAAUGCGCGAAGCACACUCCGUACUGUUCCUGGAAGCAAGUGGAGAUUAACAGCAUCGCGUCAGGUUUCGGUCACCUAGGGCCGGUCUCACGCGAGAUACAGAGUUACAUCCUAAGGCAAUUAGGUCACGGCGAUCUGAUUAAGAAUAUGCCGGAAAACCGGGCAUUGUCCGGUUUAUGCUCUGGGAUCAUAGAAGCGUUCGAUUUAUUUGGCGUCCUCAACGCAGUGGUGCUGUUUGUUGUCGAGGAAGUGUCCUACAAUAUCUGCGACCAGAGGUUCCACGAGUUCGAGAUAUCGGAGAAACGACCCGAGAUACAGAUUUAUAGAAAAACCUUAAACGAAAUUUACGAAGAGACCGAACUGAACGACAAGAAGCAACUAAUGUUGGACGGUCAUCCCGUAGCAGUCGUUUACUACAGAUCAGGGUACGAGCCGGCACAGUACCCCACCGCAAGGGAAUGGGACGCGAGAUUACGCGUCGAAAGAUCCACGGCCAUAAAAUGUCCAUCGAUCCAUUACCAACUGGCGGGAACGAAGAAGGUCCAACAAGCCCUGGCCGGUCCCGGGGUGCUGGAGAAGUUCAUGGGCUCCGGGACGAGCACCUCUCGAGUCCGGGAUAUAUUCACGGGACUGUACUCGCUGGACUUCGACGAGAGCGGCGAGAGAGCAGUGGAGAUGGCACUGGCCGAUGCCGAGAGAUUCGUAUUGAAGCCUCAAAGGGAAGGUGGCGGGAAUAAUGUGUACGGUUCGGAAGUGAGGGACGCGUUGACUCGCAUGCGACACAGCCGGGAGCGAGCCGCGUACAUAUUGAUGGAGAGGAUAUUGCCGCCUCUGGUAUCAGGGUACAUGAUAAGGCCGGGGGCGCCUGUCCCACCGCCGCUGGUAGACCUCGUGUCGGAACUCGGAAUAUUUGGGGUCAUUAUUGGUACGAAAGAGAAGAUCUACUGCAAUCGUCAGGUCGGUCACAUGUUGCGCACCAAACUAGCCGACGCUAACGAGGGAGGUGUCGCCGCCGGACUGGGCGCGCUAGACUCGCCCUAUCUACUAGACCUAUAACGAACGCCCGUACAAACCAUCUUAUAAAAACACUAUCCGUACCUGUCCGCUUCGCUGGGCAUUUAAAAUUAUAAUCAUUAUUUCUCACCCCCACAAAGAUUCUCGUCAUUAUCGCCCCCGCAACUGGUGUAGGGAG